CAGAGAAGCUCGGAGGCCUGGCCUUUGCUGUCUGUCUGCGGAGAAGGCUCCCAGGACCGCCGCCAAUAUGAUGCUUUCAAGGGCCAAACCUGCUGUAGGCGGGAACCAACUGCACACCGAAAAAAGAAAGAAAAAAGGCAGGAAGAUGCCAAAGCUAGAGGAGCUACUUUCACAAAGAGAUUUCACUGGAGCUAUUACCCUAUUGGAGUUCAAACGUCAUAUUGGGGAACAAGAAAAGGAUACUAAUUUGUGGAUUGGAUACUGUGCUUUUCACCUGGGAGACUACAAGAGAGCUUUGGAGGAAUAUGAAAAUGUGACAAAAGAGGAAAAUUGCAAUCCUGAAGCCUGGGUGAAUCUAGCCUGUACCUACUUUCUUCUUGGAAUGUAUAAACAAGCCGAAGCUGCUGGAUUUAAAGCUCCAAAAAGCCGACUUCAAAAUCGUCUCCUCUUUCAUUUGGCUCACAAGUUUAAUGAUGAGAAGAAGUUGAUGAACUUCCAUCAGAAUCUUCAGGAUAUUACGGAAGAUCAGCUGAGUUUGGCCUCAAUCCACUACAUGCGAUCUCACUAUCAAGAAGCUAUUGAUAUUUAUAAGCGAAUACUGCUAGAUAACAGGGAGUACCUUGCCCUCAAUGUGUAUGUGGCUUUAUGUUACUACAAGUUGGAUUACUAUGAUGUGUCUCAAGAAGUUCUGGCUGUUUACCUUCAGCAAAUUCCCGACAGUACCAUCGCGCUCAAUCUUAAGGCCUGUAACCAUUUUCGCCUUUACAAUGGCAAAGCAGCUGAGGCGGAACUCAAGAGCUUGAUGGACAACGCUUCUUCUUCCUUUGAAUUUGCAAAAGAGCUCAUCAGGCACAAUCUGGUGAAUAAUAGUUUCCUUUCUUGA